CUUCGUUCCGGAAGCCCGGACAUGCCGCGGCCAAAGCUCUGCAGCAAAGUUUGCGCAAAGCAGCAGCGCUCGCGAGCCACGACGGGUAUAAGAAUUCUGAUGGUGCCGAGAGUGCGCAAUUUUCGUCGUUUCUGCAGAACGCGUUUGCCGCGCUUUUACCCGCUAGUCUGCAAGCGCGAGCGCACGAUGCACAGGUGGACGAGCCACACGUACUAGGGCAAACACGGCGCGAACCACCGCACCCCCCGCAUGCUGCCAACGCACACACGCCAUUGGUAGAAAACGGUAAAGUACCACCCGCGAGCGCCACGGCAAAGGCCGCCGCAAAGAAGGCGCUGGAGGAGCUUUCGAUGCUGCAGCUCGGUGGCGGACUCGUACAAACACCGCCGCACUUAGCGGAAAAGGAGUUCGUCAGCCAUCCCCCCGAUGGCGUCCGCUUUUCCGUGGCAGAAGCACGACGGAACUACGAUCAGGAUCGUGGCUCGUCGCUGCCUCACGUCACCCCGCGGCGUGAUUCAACCCCCACCGCAUCGGAGGAACAAAUCAGCGACAAUCUCCCGCCCAGCAGUUUCGUGCAAACAGCGCCAGAGCGGGCGGGCGCCGCACCAGUUCUGGUUGCGGGUGCUGACGACAUAGGAUUGCACCUUAACACGGGUUCAUCUGGAAACUACGCCGAGCCCAGCUCCCUCCUGAGCGUCGCACAGCAACAGGAAGACCGGGCGGCAGUGGAGGCUGCGCGAGCGGCGGACUUCGCGGGCGGCCAGGAUGUUGUGCAGAUCGUGUCCCUUGAACCGCUUGGAGCGAGCGGCGCUGGCGGUGUGCCAGGAGGCCUCCCGCUGCCCCCGGCGGGCGCGGGUGGAUACGAAAGCAGUGAUCCUUUGAGUAAUCUGGCGGCGCUUCCAGCUGAGCUGGAAGUGGCGAUGGAGCAACAGGUGAUGCAGCAGCGCGAAGCGGAACAAAUGGAACAGCAGUAUUACAGUGAAAAGUGCCCCCCACCCCCAAAGUUACAAAAAUUUGUGAUGCGAAGUUUCGAAAUGAAAACUUUUUGUCAUGCAUGAAAGGAGUAUGAAUCUUUCUGAUGCAGAUUCUAGUCGUGUUUCGCAUCGCUUGCAUGACAAGCGCCACUCUUGCUGGGAUCUUUUGCAAUGCAAAUUUUUGCUAUUCACGAUCGGAAAUCUGUGAUGCUCAUACAUGCAAGAGGGCGAGUGUUUCAUUUGGAAAGGUUUGCAAUACAAAUGCUUUCCAGUUCGGGGGUGGGGGCAUUUUUCAUUGUAAUAAGCAGGAGAUGAGCUGGAUGGCGCUGACCGCGCUGUCCAAGUUGAUGUAUCAAAUGUAAAAAUGUCUGGGUCUGGAAACUUGUGAUGCUAAAAUUGAAUGGUAGACGGACUGCAAUACGCAGCUAUGCAUGACAAAUUUUUUGGCUCCCAUGUCUUACGUAUUCCGCAUGACAAACUGCGUUUUUGCAUGACAGGCAGGAGGGCCUUUUCGUGCCUAUGCAACACAGAUUCUCGAGUCAUGCCAGACAAGCAUGACAAACUUGCAUUCUUCCAGACCCAGACAUUUUUACACUUGAUAUGAUGGAAUUGUCGACCAUCGUGAUCGAGGACGAGACCGCUUCCUCUCAACAGGGAGCGCAGGUUGUGCCAGGGGAGAUGCUCGUGACCACGACGGACGGUCUCCAGUCGCGGGAUUUCCUCCCGGUUGUAAGUGACGUGGAUGUCGUGCAGUUUUACCGCAACCUGGGCGCAAGUUCAUCGACGGACUCGCUGAUCGCCAGUCUGCAGGAACAGGAGACCUGCAUGGACCGCAAGAUGAAGCUGCAGCAGAUCCCGCACAAGGGGAAAGCCAAGGAGCUGAAGUGGUCGUCGAACGGGCGGUGCGGACCGCAGUUCGGGGAUAUGCACUGCAAAAGUAUCGCACUAGUAGUAAUCGCAUUACAAAUUGGCUCAGCGUGACAGAUGAAAUCUGUCAUGCUGUUUUGCCUUGGGAUGGAGAUUUGUAAUGCAUGACUGCGAUUACUACGAGUGUGAUACUUCUGCACAGGAUAGGGGACACCGCCUGCAAAACCGGGUGCUGCUCCGCGUUCGGGUGGUGCGGCAGCGGCCACGACUGGUGCGACUGCGGCGUGUGCCAGGCCGAAUUCGGGCGAUGCGGCCAGACCUCGUGGCAGCAGUACGAGAUCGGCGAGAACCUGUGCAUGUUGCCCGACCACCUGGAGCAGGCGGUGUACGAGCUGUUUCAGAAGAACGCCGGUUCGGACGACGUCGCCGCGAAGAACCUGCAGACGACGCUGCAGCAGAUCCACCGCUCCAUGCCCCACGCGUCCUUUGAGCAGCUGUACUACGGCUUCGAGUGUCUGCUGGAGAACGUGGACGAAAAGCUGACGCUGUCCAAGAUCGAGAAGAUGCUGGCCGUGGUGAGCAAAAAGGCCAGCUACAAGCAGGUGAUUGACACCACGGUCCUGCUCCGGAACUUUCCGGACGUCAGCAACGGCCAGAGCGCCUCCUUGGAGUACGCGUGGAUCUACCUGUUGGCCUUCCAAAGCGCGCUUUCCGAGCCGCAACGCGCGGGACAGGCCGCGUCGUCGGGGGAAUUUGUGAGCACCGCCUUGUUCCUGAGCGCGAUUCAGAAUCACCUGACGAGUCGCCAGCGAAGCGGCACUAGUACCGCUUCCUGGUUCGGCGGGUCCUCGAGCGCCAGUGCCGCGGGCACCAGCGGACCAACCUUGCAGCUGCUGCUCACGGAGCUGACCAAAGUGGUGCAGCGAUUCCCGCAGAACACGCUGAGCGACAUUGACCGCGCCUACACGGAGCUGCGGCUGGUGUAUGACAACGUGGACUUUCUGGGCUUUGCCGCCGCGCUGGAAGUUUUGAUUCCGAUGCGCAAGACCGAGCCGCUCUCGGCCGCGAUGCGGGCUCGGGCGGCCUCCACCGUCGCGCCGGCGUUGCCCCCCGGCGACGUGGAGCGCUACAGCCAGGCCUUCCAGCGGCUGAAGUCGCGCUGCUACCUGGAUCCGAAGGAAGAGGUGAAGACGAUCGCGGACAACGUGGUCCUGCUGAAAAAGAUCUUUCACGAGGGCGACGAGGACCCGGUGAAGGUCCUGGGUGCGCUCGGCGACCUGAUGGAGCAGUUUCACCUGACGAAGUCCGGCUCGGUGACCGCCACCUUGCAGGAGGGAAAGAUGGCCGAGCGUGUCUUCGGCAGCGCCGGCGACAAUUCCUUCAGUGCCGUCGCGCGCUACCUGACCCAGGUGCGGAUGCUGUACAUCAGCCGGGGCGGCGUCUUCUCCUCCUCCCCGCCGACCCUGGAGCAGUGCCUGGAACUGAGCGCGGUCUUUCUGCACGAGAAGGGAAACCAGAUCCCCGAUCGCCGGAACUUGGACGUCGUUCUGCAAAAAAUGCAGGAGGUCGGCCCGCCGAACUUCGACCCCGCCGCGCUGCAGAAGGAAGUCGAGAAAGAAACGGCCGCUGGGUCCGCGGACGAGGCGAGUUCCACAUCGCUCGGUUCCUUUUUCGUGACCGCUGCGAAACCCGCCGAGCAGGCGGAUGCGGCGAGUGUCGGGGACGCGGUCCAGCAGCUUGUGCAAGCCUACGGCGUCACUGUCCAGCAGGCGAAACACAGCCUCUUGCGGCUCGGCAACCGGUGGAAGGGCUUGAAUCUUGACGAAGUUGUCAAAUUCCUGCUGGAUUUCCAGGCGGCCAAUGGUCGGAAGUAUAGCCUGUCCGUGAUCGUGUCAAGUCUAGACGCGUUGGCCCGGUUCUCUGACGCCGCGCCGCUCCGGGAUGGCGGUCGAGACGAAAGCCGAACUAGGGGCAGCACGGACGGUGGUUCUUCUAGCAGCAGCAGCGCCGCAGUAGAUGCCGACGCGCUCCCGCCCACCUUCGGGCAGUGCGGCGAGGUGCUGAUCGACAUGGCCAAACAGCUGGAGUCGUCGGACGAACUGCACGCCGUCGCGGUGGACUUUUCCUCGCUGAAGGUCGCCCUGGAGGACGCUGCGGACGCCGCCUCCACGGACGGCCGCAACGGUCUCCAGGCGGUGUGGGGCGUGUUUGUGCUGCUGAAAAACGAGUUCGCGGAGGGGGAGCAGCCCUCGUCGUGGAAACAGGUCGCGGACGACGUGCACAAGCUGCUGUUGAAGUUCCGGCACACGCAGAAUUUGCACCGGUUGUACGCGCUGCUGACGGGGCUGAAGGAGGCCUACAAUGACAAGCUGUCUCUGACCGCGAUCACGGACAUUCUUCUCACCUUCGAGCGCGAGUUCCCCGAGCUCUGCAAGGAGCAGGACGGCGCGCUGGAGUGGUUUUUGGAUUUUCUGAUCCGCAUCAAGGCCGUGGAUUUUAUUCCCGCCGAGGAGAUGGUGUCCAUGGACUCCAAGUCGCAGUUGCUCACCACGGUCGAGGCUGUGGUGGAGAUGAAGGCGUUCGGAAAGCGGUUCGCGACGGCUAAAGACUUCUUUGCCACGCUGCUCGAGGCCGUGCAGGUGCUGGAGCCCGCGUUCGGGCCGGCCGGCCGGAUCUGGACGCUGAGCAGUGCCACGGGCAGUCCGCUCACGUUUUCGCAGCUGGCGGCUUCCUUCGCCCGGUUUCAUGCGGAUUUCUUGCUCGUGGCGCAGGAAGUGACGCUGCACGACCUGAUCAUGGCCUUGAAGCGGCUGCACGACUACUUCUACCAGUCCAGCCUGCCCGCGAUCCUGACCAGUCUCGGUCGCCUGCCCGGGCUCUUCCCGGAGCUGAACCUCCACCAGCUCAUCGAGGAGAUCGCGGAGGUUAAAAGCACGGUCCCCGACCUCACGGUCCUCGUCGAAACGCUGGCGCAGUGGAAGCAAAAGGAACCGCUCCUGUCCUGGCGAACCGCGAGGGAAAGGUAGAGAUGAUGAAAAAAUGUGACUUGGAAGAGGAAGUUAGUAGAUAAUCGCAAUUUUUCGUUUCUUGAGGUAAUAAGUCAGAAGUUUUUGGGAUCAUGGGAUCGACGUCGCAUCAUGUAGUAAUCCUACAUAGAAACAAAAAAUAAUCAGGUACGCGCAGGAGCACACGACUGCAGGGGGGACACUGUGCAGUUGGCUGCUGAUUUCCACCGGCGUGCUGUUCCUUCUGUGCGUUUCGCAGGACCACUUGCGCACCAGGAAGCAGCGGGGCCGCUUCAGCAACCAUGCCGACGCGUACGGCGCGAUUCCACCGGAGGACAGCACUGUCGCGGCGACCACUACAACCGCGACCGCUAGCUACCUGAAGCCCGGCGCCUCACUACUGGAUCGGUUUGCUGCAAAGUUUCUCGGCGCGGGAAGCUACGCGCUCGGCAACGGGCGCAGCGGGGGCUUGGAAACAAGUACAACAACCACCGGGGGAGGUGGAAGCAAAAAGACCAUUGUACACGUGUCCACCAGUAAACAAACGCUAGAACAACAAGCACGACAGUCUGGAAGCAAGAGCAGCCCCCUGCAGCGACGGAGCAAGCAGAGCACCGCUAACACAUCAGACGUGCCGGAUCCCUUCGCUACGACAUCCUCGAAGGGGUCCAACUCAACGGCAACGGUGCAGCAAAAACUGGAUUUCGAAAUGGAUGACAUUCUGGGGUGA